GCCAUAAAUACCCAAGAAUCUUUAAACAACCACAGCAUAAACGUUUGAGAAACUUGACGAGAGACUCGGCGGGUCACAAAAGGCAGCAAAAAACCGAACCCCCCAAAGAAAAAUCAAUGUCCCCAAAACCCCACUCCCUCUCCCUCUCUCAGUCUCUGAAGAAGGAGAAGAAGUACAGUGGUGGUGGGGUUUUUGGGGAUGUGUACAGUAUGGCCAUACUUCCCAAAAAGCUUGAGCUUGAGAAGGAGGCUGCCCACCCGAAAUUCAAGCUCCGAUUUCAGCUCCCUGACCUCUCCCAGCCCCUCAGAGAUUUCUCGAAGACGAGAGAAGUUAGAGAGUUCUUAAGCGGCGCUUUAGCAGGGGCAAUGACCAAAGCUGUUCUUGCUCCUCUUGAGACCAUCAGAACCAGAAUGGUAGUUGGUGUCGGAUCUAGACACAUUUGUGGCAGUUUCUUAGAGGUCAUUGAGAAGCAAGGGUGGCAAGGACUGUGGGCUGGAAAUGCAGUCAACAUGCUUCGCAUAAUCCCCACACAAGCUGUUGAGUUUGGAACAUUUGAGUGCAUUAAACGAGCAAUGACAUCGACACAAGAAAAGUGGAAGCAGGGUGAAUCCCCAAAGGUGCAGAUUGGUCCUGUAACCUUGAACUUCUCUAUCUCCUGGAUUUCCCCUGUCGCUGUGGCUGGUGCUGCUGCCGGAGUUGUGAGCACACUUGUGUGUCAUCCCCUUGAAGUUCUAAAGGAUCGGCUGACUGUGUCUCCUGAGGCGUAUCCCAGUUUAAGCAUUGCAGUCAGCAAGAUUUAUAAGGAGGGUGGGAUUGCUGCAUGCUAUUCUGGUCUUUCACCUACACUUAUUGGGAUGCUUCCUUACAGUACAUGUUACUAUUUCAUGUAUGAGAAAUUGAAGAAAUCCUACUGUCAAGCAAAGAAUAAAGAGUCUCUUAACCGUCCUGAGAUGCUACUGGUUGGAGCUCUUGCAGGUUUUACGGCUAGCACAAUCAGCUUUCCAUUGGAGGUGGCCAGGAAACGGCUGAUGGUUGGAGCUUUGAAAGGCAAGUGCCCACCGCACAUGUUAGCAGCACUUUCAGAAGUCACCCAGGAAGAAGGUUUGCGGGGACUUUACAGAGGGUGGGGUGCAAGCUGCUUGAAGGUCAUGCCAUCCUCCGGCAUCACCUGGAUGUUUUAUGAAGCUUGGAAGGACAUACUGCUUGUUCAGAGACAUACCUUAUAAGCUGUAACAAGCUCAAGCAAGGUGUCACAUAGGAUCACAGUUUAAACUCACAUUGGGAUCUCAACUGGUGUAAAUUACCAGGCGGGAGGUGUCAACUAAUUCGUUGAAGUUACGUCUAGGUUGUUUUACGCAGGCCUAGGCUAGUUUGGUUGAUCUUGCAUCCGUUGAGAGUUUUACUUUCUUCUUCUUUUUUCGGUUUUCGGUUGGGGCUGGUUUCCGGUUGUUUUUUUAACCAAACGGUCAGUUGAGCUUCAGUUAUGUGCCUUACAAGGAAUAUGAAGUACCGAUGAAUGUGUUGUACCGUUACAACAUAGUGCCUUUUUAUCAAUAUACUUUUUUUGCCAU